GGCAGGAUGCCUGGCGUGAUGCCCGGUAUGAUGCCCGGUAUAAUGCCUAGCAUGAUGCCCGGUAUGAUGCCCGGUGUGAUGCCCGGCAUGACUCCUGGAAUGACUUCUGGUAUGGUGCCUGGUAUGAUGCCUGGUAUGAUGCCAUUCCCCUACCCGGGCAUGGUUCCAGGAAUGCCUACGGUGCCAGGAGCGUCUAUGAUACCGAUGAUGACACAGGCAGUGCCAGGCACCGCUUCCACGCACCCCCAACAAGUGACAAUGGGGCCGCCGAUGACGUAUUCAACAGCUCAGACUGUGGCGCCCGGAGCUGUUACUUCACAGGGCGCUGGCUCGCAGCCGCGUAUCGUCACAGUGCCAAUAGGUGGAGGGACGGUCGGAGGCGGCUCGAAAACCAGCGUCAUCCCAAUGCCGAUUCCUAUGCCGAUGCCCCUCCCUAUGCCAUCGACAGGCGGCGGUGGCGGCGGCCAGGGCCCAGUUAUUUUGGCUGGCACGUCCCCUCCGGCUGCUCAGCAAGCCCACCCGUACUCGGCACCCGUGUUGCCACCAGCACACUCCUCCGCCUCAGCAACAGUCACCCGUUAG